GAAAAGGAUAAAAGCACUGCAAGGAGAGACACGAUCCAGAAGGAAUUAGCAGAUCAAGGUUUGGACUGACAGAGCUGCAGAGACGUCCCACCAUGGAUCAUGGCAUCUCUACAGUCUUCAUCACUUCCAUCCUGUGGUCUCUUCACGGACAGCAUUUCUCCGCCCACACUUGCCUUCCCUUCGCCGCUCCAGCCAACCUCACCGAGUUCUCCUGUUCUGACCCCACUCUGAACAAGUUCCCAUCUGGCUUCCCUGAAGGCACCAAGAUCAUCUCUGUGGAGAACACCAACCUGUCUGACAUCAGCACGGAGGCCCUCCAGGGCCUCUGUGAGCUCCAGGAGCUUCACCUGUCCAGCAACAGACUGAAGGCUCUUCCCAGCAGCCUCUUCCAUAACCUCUCAAGACUGCAAGCCUUGGAUCUCACUGGCAAUCUCCUUGAAGACCUUUCUCCAGGAAUAUUCCAGAACACCAUUGCCUUGAAGCAUCUGGCCCUUCAGGGAAACCAGCUAGCUACUCUGCGUCCAUCCUGGUUCCAAAACCUACAGAGCCUCAUCUUCUUGGACCUCUCCCACAACCAGCUGAAGGACGUGCCUCCAUAUUGCUUCAGCAAGCUGGAGCAUUUGACCAGUCUGGACCUGUCCUACAACUUCCUCCAGGUCCUCUCCCCAGAGAUUCUAAAGGGUUUGAUCAAUCUGGAGAAGUUGGACCUAGAAGGCAACCAAAUCCAAACAAUUAAGGACAAAACGUUCUAUGUUGUCCAAGCCCUGCAAUUCCUCUUCUUGAAGAAUAAUAGCUUGGACCACCUCUCUGAUAACACCUUCUUCCCACUGGACCGUCUGGAAUUGCUGGAUCUCUCCGGCAAUCAGCUCACCUCGCUGAAUCCUCUGUUCUCCAGACAGGCCACUAAGCUGAGCCUCGAUCUCUCAGAAAACCCUUGGGCAUGCGACUGUCGCUCAUGCGUCCUCCUGGACUGGGCAAGGAACAACUCUGUCACCCUAUAUUCCCAGAAGGAUAUGAAGUGUGCCUCCCCUAAGCACCUUCAGGGCCAAGUCAUGACGUCUCUCAGCAAUGCCAUGUUUGGGUCCUGCUGAAUUCUGCAGACACAGCUCAGUUCUGCCGGAUCCCUGAUCUCACACUUUUGGAGGAUGAUGGAAUGAAAUGUGCAAAGCUUCCAAAUCCCAAGGAGCCACCGGGGCCUCCUCCCUCCUGAUUUUAAAAAUAAAUGAAAUGAAAUGAAAUGAAAUGAAAUGAAA